AUGGAUCAGCCGUACCAGCUACUGGAUCUAGUGGACCAUCUGGAGGAUCUGCAGCAACGACUGGCUCUGCCCUACCAGCAACUGGAUCUAGUGGACCAUCUGGAGGACCUGGAGCAUCAACUGGCUCUCCAUUACCAGCUACCGGAUCUAAUGGCUCAUCUGGAGGACCUGGAGCAACAACUGGCCCUGCCGUACCAGCUACCGGAUCUAAUGGCCCAUCUGGAGGACCUGGAGCAUCAUCUGGCACAGCCGUACCAGCAAUCGGAUCUAAUGGCCCAUCUGGAGCACCUGGAGCAACAACUGGCUCUGCCAUACCAGCUACUGGAUCUAAUGGCCCAACUGGAGGACCUGGAGCAUCAUCUGGCUCUACCGUACCAGCUACUGGAUCUAAUGGCCCAACUGGAGCACCUGGAGCAACAACUGGCUCUGCCGUACAAGCUACUGGAUCUAAUGGCCCAUCUGGAGGACCUGGAGCUUCAGCUGGCUCUGCCGUACCAGCUACCGGCUCUAAGGGUCCAUCUGGAGCACCUGGAGCAACAACUGGCUCUGCUGUACCAGCUACUGGAUCUAAUGGCCCAUCUGGAGCGCCUGGAGCAACAACUGGCUCUGCCGUACCAGCUACUGGAUCUAAUGGCGCAUCUGGAGGACCUGGAUUAUCAAAUGGCUCUGCCAUACCAGCUACGGGAUCUAAUGGCCCAUCUGGAGGACCUGGAGCAACAACCGGCUCUGCCGUACCAGCUACCGGAUCUAAUAGCCCAUCUGGAGGACCUGGAGCAGCAUCUGGCUCUGCCGUACCAGCUACCUGGUCUAAUGGCCCAUCUGGAAGACCUGGAGCAUCAUCUGGCUCUGUCGUAA